GAGCCAUGAUGUCUCUAUCCACAAAUCUCAAUAUGAUUUCUCCUUUUCCAUCAUUUGCUAAACAGCAUAAACCAAGUAAUACCAAUGCCUUGUUCAAUUGUAACGCCAAUAAAUUCACAAACUCUUUCUCUUCAAAACGAGGAGGAUCCGUGGCUUACAAGAAACGCACGUUUGUGGCUGCUCAUGAUGCCUCGUAUCAAGUCGAGACCUCCCGGAUGAUACCACUGCAGGCCGGGCCUGUACCACUGUCGGAUGUUGUGGUGGUGAGAAAGAAGAGGGCAUUUUGGGAAAGGAGUUGGACUUACUGGGACGUGAUCAAGUUAGCCGUAGUCAGUGGGGUUCAUUUGCUGAGCCUUCUGGCUCCAUUUUAUUUCAGCUGGGCGGCUUUUUGGGUUUUUACCUGGAUCCUUUACAUCCAUUCACUUUGCAUCACCUUGUCUUAUCACAGGAACCUUUCUCAUAGAAGUUUCGAUAUGCCGAAAUGGCUCGAGUAUCUCUUUGCUUAUGGUGGCCUUCUGGCUGUUCAGGGAGACCCAAUAGAGUGGGUGAGCCACCAUCGGUACCAUCAUAAGCAUUGUGAGACACAACGUGACCCACACAGCCCUACACAAGGGUUUUGGUUUAGUCACAUGAAUUGGAUUUUUGAUACCGGUUCUAUCCUCGAAAAGUGUGGAGGAGAGGAGAAUGUAGAUGAUCUUGUGAGGCAGCCCUUCUAUAGGUUCCUUCAGCGAACUAUCCGUUUGCAUCUGAUGGCUUAUGCCCUUCUCUUCUAUUUUUGUGGAGGCAUGCCCUUUCUCGUAUGGGGAUUUGUAAGAAUACAUAUCAAUCCUUUGUCAUGGGGAACACGAGCUUGGAACACACCUGACUUUUCCAAAAACCAUUGGUCGGUAGCGAUUUUCACACUUGGCGAGGGGUGGCAUAACAAUCAUCAUGCAUUCGAGUUCUCGGCCAGGCAUGGACUCGAGUGGUGGCAGCUCGACGUUACUUGGUAUCUCAUUAGGUUUCUUGAAGCUAUUGGUUUGGCCACUAAUGUGAAGUUACCUACUGAAUCUCAAAAGAAGAGAAUGACCUUGGUCUGAUUCUUAAUUUAUGUUUUAGAACUUUUGAUAAUUCUCUCCUACAUUUCCAAACAACGAAAUUAUCUGAAUUGGCUAAUCAAAUCUUUGUCUAC